CCGCACUCAGCAACCACCACCACCACGACCAACUCCCUCGACCACCACCCCAUCACCCUUCAUCCAUCCAAGACCGCAUCAUGAACUCACACCUCGCAGAUACCUCAGGCGUCACCAUUCUCGGCAACCUCGAUGCCCCAGCAAGGACCAUCCUCACCAAGGAGGCAAUUGCAUUCAUUGCAAGCCUCCACCGCGCAUUCGAGCCUCGCAGGAAGGAGCUCAUGCAGCGCCGUGUAGACAGGCAGGCUCAGCUCGAUGCAGGCGACCUCCCAGACUUCCUCCCAGCCACAAAGCACAUCAGGGACAACGCAACUUGGCGCGGCGCACCCCCUUCCCCAGGUUUGGUCGACCGCCGAGUCGAGAUCACCGGACCCGUUGACCGCAAGAUGGUCAUCAAUGCCCUCAACUCGGACGUAGCCACCUACAUGGCAGACUUUGAGGACUCCUCCACCCCAACUUGGAAUGUGCUGAUUAAUGGCCAAAUCAACUUGAGGGACGCCAUCGCCCGCAAGAUUGCUUUCAAGGGACCUAACGGCAAGGAGUACAAGCUCAAUCUGACACCUGGUCGGGUUGUGCCCACCUUGAUUGUCCGUGCACGUGGAUGGCACCUCAUGGAGAAGCACUUCUUGGUCGAUGGUGAGCCCAUUGCCGGCGGCAUCUUUGACUUUGGUCUCUACUUCUUCCACAACGCCAAGACGCUCGUCAAGAACGGUCACGGCCCCUACUUCUACCUGCCCAAGCUCGAGUCUCACCUCGAGGCGCGCAUAUGGAACGACAUCUUCAACUUGUCCCAGGACUACAUUGGCAUGCCCCGCGGUACCAUCCGUGCAACGGUGCUCAUUGAGACGAUCCUCGCUGUGUUUGAAAUGGAUGAAAUCAUCUACGAGCUGCGCGACCACUCUGCUGGCCUCAACUGCGGUCGUUGGGACUACAUCUUCUCCCUCAUCAAGAAGCUCAAGAUGAAUCCUCAAUUCGUCCUGCCAAACCGUGGCGAUGUCACCAUGACUGUCAACUUUAUGAAGUCAUACACUGAGCUCCUCAUUCAGACUUGCCACAAGCGCGGUGUGCACGCCAUGGGUGGUAUGGCUGCUCAGAUUCCGCUCAAGGAUCGUGCCUCUGCUGAAAACAAGGCUGCCAUGAAGAAGGUCUACGACGACAAGCUCCGUGAAGUCAAGGCUGGUCAUGACGGAACCUGGAUUGCUCACCCUGAACUCGGCAAAAUCGCUAUGGAUGUCUUCAACGAGCACAUGAAGACACCCAAUCAGAUCUACAAGCGUCGCGAGGAUGUGCAGACCAAGCAGAUGGACCUUCUCAACAUGAACGUCCCGGGCAAAAUCACAGAGGAAGGUGUCAAGGAAAACAUCCGCAUUGGAUUGCAGUACAUGGAGGCUUGGCUGCGUGGUACGGGUUGUGUGCCCAUCAACAACCUCAUGGAGGAUGCCGCCACCGCCGAGAUUUCCCGUGCUCAGCUCUGGCAGUGGGCCAAGCACCAGCCCAAGACGGCCGAGGGUUCUACCGUCACCAAAGAGAUGAACCACCAGUACCUGCGUGAGGUGACGGACGAGCUCAAGGGCAAAGCUCCCAAGGACAACAAGUACGAGCUGGCUGCCAGGUACUUUGGCACACAAAUCACAGGCGAGGACGGCACCUUUAGCGACUUUUUGACGUCGCAAAUCUACGACGAAGUCACCACGACGGGCGCUGCUGCAAAGCUCUAGGGUGCACAUGCUCCAGGGUAUUCAAGUUUAUAUGUCCUUUUGAUCAUUCCAUACCUAUGCUGUUCCAUGCUAUUUUC